UUUCUUUUGCGUUGUGUGGAGCAGCGAGAGGAACUUGUGCAACAUGAAAACGAUGACGGGAUCAAAUGAGUUCAAACUAAAUCAAACUCCAGAUGAUGGUAUUUCAUCAGUAAAGUUUAGUCCAAAUACAUCUCAGUUUCUGCUUGUUUCAUCCUGGGACACGACUGUCCGGCUCUAUGAUGUUCCUGCCAACACUAUGAGACUCAAGUAUCAGCAUUCAGGAGCUGUCCUUGACUGUGCUUUUUAUGAUCCUACCCAUGCCUGGAGUGGAGGAUUAGAUCAGCAAUUGAAAAUGCACGACUUAAACACGGACCAAGAGAACCUCGUUGGUGCCCAUGAUGCUCCUAUCAGGUGUGUUGAGUAUUGUCCAGAAGUGAAUGUCAUGGUGACUGGAAGCUGGGAUCAAACAGUUAAACUGUGGGACCCCAGAACUCCUUGUAAUGCAGGAACCUUCUCUCAACCUGAAAAGGUCUACACGCUUUCUGUGUCUGGAGAUAGACUGAUUGUGGGGACAGCAGGUCGGAGAGUGCUGGUGUGGGAUUUACGCAACAUGGGCUAUGUUCAGCAGCGAAGAGAAUCAAGCCUGAAGUACCAGACCCGCUGUAUCAGAGCGUUUCCGAAUAAACAGGGUUAUGUUUUAAGUUCUAUUGAAGGUCGUGUUGCGGUGGAAUAUUUGGAUCCAAGUCCAGAAAUCCAGAAGAAGAAAUAUGCAUUCAAAUGUCACCGUUUGAAGGAAAAUAACAUUGAGCAGAUUUAUCCAGUUAAUGCUAUUUCUUUCCAUAAUGUCCACAACACAUUUGCUACAGGAGGUUCCGACGGUUUUGUAAAUAUCUGGGAUCCGUUUAAUAAAAAGCGGCUGUGUCAGUUCCAUCGGUAUCCCACGAGCAUAGCAUCACUUGCCUUCAGCAACGAUGGAACUACCCUUGCAAUAGCUUCUUCGUAUAUGUAUGAGAUGGAUGACAUCGAACAUCCUGAAGAUGGUAUCUAUAUUCGCCAAGUGACAGAUGCAGAAACAAAACCUAAGUGA